AUGGUCAAUAUGCAAUUAGCUAUGUAUCAAAUGUUAACGAAUUUCGCAUCAAAUUCAACUCCGCGAGAAGAUUCAUCAUUACGAUUUCGUUCCCUCAGUGAUCAUCAAUCACCAAUAAUAAAUCAUCAAAAGCCAAUUAAACGUCUUUGUCACAAACGACCACGAUUGGUGAAAACUAAUAAUCGGACUAGUAGUGGAACAACAACUGCAGCAGCAAGUAACUUGAAUAUGCCAACAACGUCGUCACCCGUUGGUUUCAAUGGAAAUUACAACGAUGAAAGUUAUGAAGAACUUGAACAUCGACCUCUUACACGAGAAAUAAUGGCUACAUAUUUGUCAACACGUCGUCAUCGUACAGUAACCGUACAUCAUGCUAAAGUAGCACAAAAAUCAUAUGGAAAUGAAAAACGAUUUUUUUGUCCACCACCUUGUGUUUAUUUAUCUGGCGAUGGUUGGAAUCAUGAUUUUGAACAAGAUAAUUUAUGUACGAUGAUUGGCAUUGGUGAGCCUUUAUAUCUUAAUGAUAAUAAUGGUUCACCAUCCGGUAACAUUACACAAUCAAGUGAAAUGCAACAUUUACCAUUUGACAAUGGAAAACGAUUUGGUGCAGCAAAAACACUCUUUAUUUCCGAUUCAGAUAAACGAAAACAUAUAAAUUUAAAUGUAAAAAUGAUGUAUACAGCUGAUUUUCGUGAUAGUCCAUACAUUGGAAUGUUUGAAAGUCGAAAAAUAAAAGUUAUAUCGAAGCCAUCGAAGAAAAAACAAUCGGUUAAAAAUGCUGAAUCAGUAUGUAUUCAAUCGGGCACGAAAAUUGCAUUAUUUAAUCGUCUACGAAGUCAAAAUGUUAGUACAAGAUUUUUACAUGUCGAUGAAAGAAAUCAAUUUGAAGCAAGUUCACAUGAAUGGGGAUCGUUUUAUAUACAUUUAGUGGAUAACGAAGAACCAUGCAUGGAAUCAGUUACGUUUUCAGUUAAGGAAGGUUUUGUUCAAUAUGGUUCAACAGUGAAACUUGUAUGUUCAGUGACAAAUCAAUCGUUACCCUACAUGGUUAUUCGAAAAGUAGAUAAAAAUCGAGUAUUAUUAGAUUCGGAUGAACCUGUAUCUCAAUUACAUAAAUGUGCAUUUGAAUUCAAAAAUGGACCAUCAUCAUCGUCGAGUAUAGUUUAUCUAUGUUUAACCGGUGAGCGCAUUGUUGGCAUUGCAGGUAAACCAUGUCCGAAUGAGCGUUUUCGUGUUGAUAUUAAUGAUUCAGCCUGUUGGACAAUCAUAUCCACUGAUAAAGCGGAGUAUACAUGGUUUGAAGCAUGUGGUCCCGUAUCUCAUCCUAUUACACCAGUUCCGGUUGCUCGACAUAUUGUUGUUGACGGUGGUGGUACAGCUGCAACUAUUGAAUUAACAGGUGAAAAUUUUGCACCGGGCUUAUCAGUAUGGUUUGGAGAAACUGAAUCUCCAUGUACAGAUUAUCGAUCCACACAAACCAUUGUUGCUGAAGUUCCUCAAUUUUCAUCAGUAAUGCCAAAUAUGCCAUGGAUUCAACGUCCUAUAUCAACUCCUAUUUCACUUGUACGUCGUGAUGGCGUUGUUUAUUUAACACCAUUAAUGUUCACAUAUACACCACAGCCAGCACCUCCUCGAAAAAAUACUCCAUCACCACCUGCUGUUCUUUCUGUCACAUCAGAGAAUAAUUUUUGUGAAUCAGAAAUAUUAAUAUGA